CAAAUGUGGGUUGAGCCAGAUGUGCUUUCGAGUCAGAACGUAAACAUUAUGAAGUAGCAGGCACUAUGGUUUCUGAUGGAAAGGUGGGCAACAGAUGUGAAGGCAAGAACACCCUGUGCAGCAUUUUGCGUGCAUGUUAGAUGCAGUGUUAAACCCAAUAUGAAAAACCUUGUUUUAUAGAGAAUCUCACAUCUGAAUUGUGAAUCAAAUAGAUGAUUGUCACAGGGUAAAAUAAGGCAAAAAAAAGGCAAAAUAAUCUCAUAAUUAGAAAAUAAAUAAAUAAAUAAAUAUAUAAAAAUAAUAAUAAUGCAAAGAUAAAAAUGUGGAAAACGUCUGUGCAGAAAAAUUGUUUUAAAAAAAACCUACAUUCCCAAAUAUGCUUGCAAAUAUCCAAUAUAGAUUUAAUUACAUGAAGAAACAAAAGAAAAUAUCUAUUAUAGGUGAUGACAAAAUGUAGCUUUAAUGAAAAGUUUUGUUAAGGACAUAAUUAACAGAAUGUAAAGAAAAGAUGAUACUUUAAACCUCUGCAUUUCUCCCCCCAAGCAGAGUGUGCUAAAUAGAAUAAACAGUAGAUCCGCCGUGUUCAAGGAAAUUACCUCCCAGAACCGCUGGCACAAAUCCAGCACAGACACACACUCGUGUGUUUUCGGAGAGAGUCAGAACGACAGAGCGAGCGGACGAGUAUAGAACCAAAGAGUAAGGAGGAGAAGAACUAGAAGAUUAGUGCUGCAGUAGGUGAUGCGAAACGGGAAAAAAAUGGACAUAAAUCCUUUAACACAAGGCGGAGAAGUGAGAUAAUCCUCUGGGUCUCAUCCAAGGAAAAGAAUCCGAAGAGUCGGUUUGGUUUCUCGUUUUGUGAGAGCACUUAUAAAAACGUGUGAAGAGACAAACUAACGGAGUAAAGGAUCACGGCUUGGGAGGUUCUAGAUGAGUGAAGACAACACAGGGAAGUAAAAAAAAAAAAAAGAAAAAAAAAGGCAUGUGGGAUAAGACUGAAGAACAAAGAGCACUAACAGAUUGGAGCUGAAGUGGGACAAUGCUGGCCGAGCCCCAGGAAAAAGACACAGCACGUCGUUCUUCGUCCAGGCGAGCGAAAGCAGCAUGUUUUCUCCCAAUGGAGAGAAGCUGCACUGGGCCUCGCUGCUCUUCCUCGUGGCCAUCCUGCCCACUAUCGGCGGAAACAUUCUGGUCAUCCUGGCCGUGUCACUUGAGCGCAAACUCCAAAAUGCCACUAAUUACUUCCUCAUGUCUCUAGCUGUGGCCGACCUGCUAGUGGGGCUGCUGGUGAUGCCCAUCGCUCUCGUUACCGUGCUGUACAAUUCAGCAUGGCCACUUCCUGAGUUCCUGUGUCCAAUCUGGCUAUUCCUUGACGUUUUAUUCUCCACAGCUUCCAUCAUGCACCUUUGCGCCAUCUCCCUCGACCGCUACAUCGCCAUCAAAAAGCCCAUCCAGCACAGUCAGUACAACUCCCGAGCCAAAGCCAUGGCCAAAAUUGCACUCGUCUGGUUGAUAUCGAUAGGUAUUGCCAUACCCAUACCCAUCAAAGGACUGAGAAGCCCAAAUCAUGGAAUCAACAUAACUUUCAACAGCAACCAUACCUGCCUGUUGACCUUCGAGGGCUUCGGCGAGUUUAAACUAUACGGCUCUCUGGCGGCCUUCUUCAUCCCCCUCAUGAUCAUGAUGAUUAUAUACCUGCUGACGAUCCAAGUAUUGCGCAAGAAAGUGUAUCUCCUUAGAUCGAGGGCAUGUCAGCGAGUCAACAGACCCAUGGUGUGUACGGUCUUCCAAAGAGAGCAAACGGUAGAAUCUCCACCGGAGAAAAUCAGCAUGCUGGAUGUUAUUAAAAAGGACCAAAUGCUGCAGAGAACAAACCCCAUCAGAGGGGGUGAGCUUACCAUUAGGCGACUGUCCACCAUGGGAAAGAGAUCCAUGCAAAACCUGAGUAAUGAACAGCGAGCCUCAAAAGUCCUGGGGAUAGUCUUCAUGUUGUUUGUGGUCAUGUGGUGUCCAUUUUUUAUCACCAAUGUGACAUCGGUGCUCUGCGAAAGUUGCAAUGUCAAAUUGGUGGAGAGACUUUUGGACAUUUUUGUGUGGGUCGGUUACGUUUCUUCAGGCGUCAACCCUUUAGUCUACACACUUUUUAACAAGACUUUCCGGGGAGCCUUUACGCGUUACAUCACAUGCAACUUUGGCACUAAGAGAGCGUUGAGAAUGCAGCGCAGGAACCUGACCAAAAUCACGUUCCAGUCUUCUGUUGCGGAAAAUUCCAAAUUGUUUAUGAAGCAUGGGAUGAUGAAUGGUAUUGGUGCCACAGGGUACCAGAGUCCUUUGCGAAGACGACCCACGAACCUCCAACCCGCCAGUGGUGUAAUGCUGGAUACUCUUCUUCUCACGGAAAAUGAGGCUCGCAAAUCUGAUGGAGUCAGCUGUUUAUAGCAAGCUUUGAUACCUUUUCUUUUUUUAAACAAAGAAAAAAAGCCCAACUUCUACAGCUUAAAAUGCUCAAUCAGAGAAUUGUCCAGUAUUCAUAGUUCACCUUUUGCAAAUGGAAAAAGAAAUCUUUGAUUAAGUCUGUAAUUUUCAGCACUUUUAAAAGAUGAUAUUUGAUACUGGAAUAAUAUGAAAGGAAGCAGGAUUGUGGAGAAGAAGGAAUGAAAUAGCAGCUAGCUGUAGCAUGCAUGAAAUACACAUUAACCAACUGUGUGAAUGUAAUGGCUUUAUGAGGACAUACAAUUAUCUUGCUGAGGUUAAAGGUCUGAAAUACUGGAAUAAAUGAAGCAUGAUGGAGAUUUCUCUCCAUGUGCAAGAUGCUUAACCAGUAGAAUCAUCCGAGGGUUAUCGUAUGGUCUUUUCAGAAGCUUAAACAAUUCCUGAACUCAGUCAUGGAAGUAACUUGGUUCUCAUUAGAUCCUCUGAUCAAACUAAGCUUUAAAGAUGCUAUUGUAUUCUGGAAUAACAGGUAAUGGUGAGAUCUAAGGCAGCUUUUACCACCACUCUGACCAUUCUUAGCUAGUAUCUGCUAACUAACUAGCCUAGCUUGCUGUCUAGAUUAGAAUUCUUAUCAGUAAUGCAGAUGAAAUAAAGACAUGCAUAACUCUGGUGAUGAGGAAGUUGUUGCCUUCACUGUAGCUUUGGAGGCUGAAAAUCAAGAGAAUUUCAGCUGCUUGUGUGACUUCCAAGUGUGGAAGCAGCCUGACAAAAAACUACAAAGAUUGUAGUAUGUUAUAACUAAAUUAAGUACCAAAAAGCAGAAGAAUAGCUACUGCUCUGUUGUGGGUUUUAUAAGGGUUGAGAAAGCUUGGAAUUGAAAACAAAGCAAGAAAUGAGAGAUGAUCAAUCUGGAAUGGUCUCAUGACACACCUAUUCUAUUUUUAUAUAUGUUCUGAGGUUCGGAGUUCAAAUACCAGGACUCUCAAAGUAAAUUUUGGGGCUUUCACCAAGUUUGACAACACUUUCUUUGGAUAAAAUCACCUGCCGAACAAAUAUAAUAAUAUAAUAAACUCAGUAGGUUACAUAACCGGGUCUACUAUAAGCAGCCAAAAUGAGGGCUUCUUAUGAUGGAAAAUCUAAAUCUAUACCUUAUUAAUUUAUGAUCUCUAUAGAAUGACUAAUUAAUGAACAAAAGGGAACAAGUGUGUUUAAGAGAUAUUUUUUGGCUUCUUAUAACUCACUUAUUGAGAUGUUAUAAAUAUCUAAUCUAUCAGAUAUUAACUGAGACAAGAAGUAUUUCUUGCCAAAUAAAACUUUUCAUUAAAACACCCUGUAUCCGUGAAAUGAAUUCAACAAUGUGAGAACGUACAUGUGUGUCCAAUUUUGCUAAACAGGAGCAGCUAAGUUCAUCGAUUUGCUGUUUAUUAUUUUCCUGGGGUAGCACAAGGUGAAAAACAGCAGUUUUUGGAUGCAUGACAUGCCAUCGUGUAAGAAUUCUGCAAACGUCUCAUAAGAAAACUUAGUCGUUUAGCCCGGAACAAGAUUUUUCUUUUUCAUAAAUUUCUGAGCACUCACACCACAAAGGUGAGCAAAUUGCAAUGCUCCAGUUCUACGAAAAUACUGUUUUAUAAAUUAAUAACCAUAACUACAUUUUCCAUGCCGAACAUGAAGUAAUGUGCCAAGUUGAACCAAUCACAUUACUUGGCCUGCGGUGUUGAGAUCGGAUAGUUACCACAGUUCGCUGGAAGUGAGAAGUGGGAGUGUGAAAAUGACCUUAAAAUAUUACAUAAGCCAGCACACGAAGAGGAUGUUUUUGUUUUUCUAAAUAUUAGGUGUCUGGUCACACAGAGGACAGAGUCAUUACAAGCUUACAUAUUCAUUACAAAAUCUAGAUAUUGCUAAUCCAGUUUCUCUGGUCGUUAAACAUCAUGUCCAGUCACUUUCCCUAAACAUGCAAGAGCUAAAAGAACACGACUGAGCUGAACUGUUACUGCACUGGAGGCUCUCUAAACACAGCAAGGAUUUACACAAUCUUUAGAUCACAGCCAAAUGAUCAUGAGAAUAUUAUACAGCCUUUUUAGGGCUUAAAAAAAAAAGUUUACCCAGUUCCUCUGCCUGGCCCAGAACAGUGGAAAAUGACCAAGAAUAAAAAAAACAAUGAU